CACUUACAUAGGCAGUUUACUCCUUUUUUUGGGUUCUCAUUCUCCUCUGCCCACUCUAAAAAACACCCACUAUCUCAUCUGACUAUAAAUGCGGGUGGUGUGUUACUAUCUAAGAGAGAGGGAGUAAAAAAAGUGUCAGAUAAGGCAUGAUCAACAGUGAAGGGACAUGAUGUGUAAAGUCCUGUUGUGUUUUUGUGUCCUGAGUCUAAUAAAUCAUGUUUUUCCUACAGAGAUAUCUGUGCAUCUAAACUCCUCUGUUGCCCUGCCCUGCGCAUUCUAUCUUUCAAACAAUGAUAAACUCUUCAACAUCACUUGGUCCUUCAACGGAUCCAUCAUUGCUUCCAAUAAAGAAACAGAAAGUGAACAGUACUUGAUCGCAUCAUCCAGUGGAUUCAAUGGAUUUUUCCCCCUGACAGUGUACAAUGUUACUCCACACAGUCAGGGGUUGUAUGAGUGCCAUGUAAAGAGCAAUCUAACUGAUUACUUCAGCAAUGUAACACUGAUCAUUUUGGCUCCACCAUCUGUAUCAGUGCCUUUUACAGAGGUGGUGUUGGGGCGAGAAAGCACAAUAGAGUGUUUGGCGAAGGAUUUUAAUCCUCCUAACAUCACAUUCUCUUGGACACGAGCAGGCCAAGAGAUCAGAGCUCCUCAAAAAUUCCAAAUAAACCACACAGAAGAUGGUCUAUAUGAAGGUCUAAGCCAGCUGGUGCUUAUUCCAGAACUUACUGAUCGAAACACUACAUUUGCCUGUGUAGUAAACCAUGAAACUCUGGAGAAACCACUUGUGAAAGAGUUCAGAAUAAACAUCACCAUCCUUCCCAAAGUCACUCUGUCUGUUGUGCCGUCCUCUUUACGCUCAUCUCCGCUUACCUUGGUGUGCGAAAUCAGCGGAUUUUAUCCACAGAAUGUGUCUGUGUUGUGGAUCAGAAAUGGCACUGUCCUUCCUGAGACUCCUCAGAUACAACAGAACAAUGAUGGAACGUAUAGAAUGCGUCACUUUCUCACUCUUAGCAUGGAGGAGCGGGAGAGAGCUGGACAAGUGCAGUGUGUAGCUCAACAACGUCAUAUAUUUCAACCAGCUUCGAGUACCAUCGACCUAUUAACGGCUGAUUCGUUGGUGCAGAAACUUCUGCUUACUAAAUCUGCAAAGGCCUCAGUGGCAAUGAUGAUCAUCUCUUUGGUACUCGUCCUUCUGCUUUGCUUUGGAUUCUCUUGGAAAAGAAGAGAUGAAAAGCAAAAAAGUUUAAGUGUGUCAUGCAUCAUUCUGCCCCCGAGGGUGGUGGUGGGACAGAAAGGCCGUGUCACCAUCAGCAUAGAAGGAAGAAGAGCAGAUCAAGUCCAAACAGCCUGGUUUCUCAAUGAUAUCCCUAUAACAGAUACAUCACACAAGGAAAGCAGUGGCUCGAGAGGUCACACGCCAAGAACAUCCCGUGUAUCACUGUUGUCAGAAAAAGCCCCUCUGCUGGCUUCUACUGCUCUAGGUUACUACAAACUGCACACCCGAAAGCCCCUGCACUCGACGGGCCCCACCAAGCAACUCCUUUCCUCCUUCACUUUCAUUCCUACCCUGUUGGUUCAUAAAGGGGCUGUCUUCAAGUGCCAAAUUUCCUAUAAAGGGAAAGACAAGAUAGUAAUGGAGAGAGUGUCAGAGAAGUUUACAGUUCUGUCACCGCCUGAGGUCUCAGAAAUCCAGCUCUCAGAGCCAAAUGAAGAGACAGGUAUUGUAAUAAUGACAGUUGAGGCCUCUCACUUUCACCCAGAUGUUAUCACCUUUCGCUGGUUCUGUGAGGGGGGAGAGCUAUGUCCCGUGGCUGCCCCCUCAGCCCUGGCAGCUCCACGUCCCGAUGCACAAGGUUUCUUUUCAGCACAAAGCCAGUGCAGGUUGCCCAGGGACGAGCUGGAAAGAGGAGAAACAGCAGUGUGGGUCACUGUCCAUCAUAUGUGUCUCAAACAGCCUAUCACACGAAAGACCAGAGGGUUCAUAAAGAAGCCGACUGUAUCAGAAAUCACCAGCUCUCUCUAUCCACAAAGCCCACAAACAGGACUUUUAACACUGGCCUGUAGCAUCACAAGCUUCUACCCUCCAGACAUUGCAGUAAAAUGGCUAAAGCGAUGCAACAAUGUGGAAAUGGAAGUUAAGAAAGAGGAAGGGCUGAUGGAAGUAUGGGGGCCAGUCCAGACACAACUGAAGACAUUUAGAGCUAUGGCUUUGCUAACAGAAGUGGAGAACAGGCUGAAGGACAUAGAAAAGGAUGCAAAGUUUGUGUGCAGAAUUGAGCACUGCUCUCUCCUCGAGCCCAUUGAGCGUGUCUGGACAAACUCUCCUUUUGUGGCUCCCUCCAUCCCUGCUUCCUUGUCUGUCAGCUGGAAUAAUGAUGGUGUAGGAGUGUUUUCGUUGUGCCUGUCUGGUGGUGUUCCACAUCCCAAACUCCAGUGGGCUGCAGGAGGCUCCUUUUUAAUGCCACUCAUAUCUAGAGAGACAGAGAAAGUGACAGACAAAGCAGCAAGAGAGCUACACAGUGUCUGUGCAUUGACAAAAUCUGCAGAACCACAAGGAGGCAAAGCCAGCAUUCAAAAUGUCGAAAAUGGACAUCUAUGCAAUUCUCAGUUUCCAGCAUUGCAAAGUGAAGCAAAUAAUGAGAUCCUGGAUAGUAAAAGAAAACAAGAGAACCAAAGUGAAAGAGGUCAAGUGACACCAGACAUUAUAGACGAGACCACAAACAAAGCUGGACAGACUGAAUUUGAUUCUUUGUACAUAAAUAAAGUAUAUGUGGGGAAAGAAGGAAGACGAGCAGAGAGAGGGUGUCUGAGAGUUACAGUGGAGAUUACCCAUCCUGCACUUCACCUACCUGUUUACUUCAACUGGACAGAGCCUGAAGAGGAAGUGGAGUCUGUAUAAUAAAAAAACUAAAAUUAUCUCAAAAUAAUUUUUUUUAUCUUAGCUUUUUAGAAAUCUUACAGCAUUUAUAAUUUCCAAUAACCUGCAGAAUUUUCCUAAGACUUUAUUUACAUUUAUGUGUUAUUGUUUAUAAAUACUUUUUCAGUUUUUAGUACUAAUAACUUAUUUUUUUAUUUAAAAAAAUGUUAAAUUAUGUUCUAUGCUAUAAACAUUAUAAGCUUGAAUUUACAAUGUGACAAAAUAACAUAACAUGAUAAGAUUAUAUGUAUCUUUUGUAAUAAUACUUUUGCUGAAUCCUAAUGUAACAGGAUUUUUAUAUAUAUAUAUAUAUAUGUGUGUGUGUGUGUGUGUGUGUGUGUGUGUGUGUGUGUGUGUGUGUGUGUGUGUGUGUGUGUAAAACCUUUAUAGUAAAGUUUUGAUCAUUUGCAAAAGAAAAUAAUUUUAGUGUGCACUGCUAUUCUUAUUUAGAGGAACUGAAUAGUUGCAUGAAACUGAUAAAAUGUAUUUUGGCAAAUGUGCACAUGAAGUAGUAAAAUGUUUAGGUAAAUAAAAGAUGAUUGGACUUAAAAAGAAGAUAAUACUGAUUUUUAUACAAACAUAAAUGGAGUUUACAAUUAAGCUCUUUGUUCUGUCUUUCCUAAUCAUUGAUACCAACAUAUAAUGUACUGCAGAAUAAAUAACUAUUCAUUCGUAAAAAGGGUUAUAGGGUUAAAGUAUUUUUUUUUUCAACAGUUAUGUGAUUAUCUUUCGUUUCUCCCCUACUGCCAUGCUUAAGCGGCUCUCAUUUGCAUAAUGACAUGUCCAUUUCAACGAGUCGACUCUUUGAGUCGGCUGUUUUGAGUGAACGUUGGGAGUCGAGUCGUGUAUCUCUAACGUAAAUCAUCUUUGUUUUCUUUUUUGUUUAGGAGUAAAGUUUUUCUUUUACUAUAUUAAUCAAAUCUAAUAAUGAUGUUAAUGAAGAAUCUAUAGCCUAAUAGAGUUAUAGCGAAAUAUCGCGUGAAGUUUAGAUACUGUAAAGCAAUUACACGGGGGCAGCUGUAAACUGAAAGAGUCGACUCUUUUAGAUGAUCCGAUCAUUCCCAUCAUCAACAAGAUUCUGGUUCCUUGUGGUCUGAUGAGUCCCUCUGGAAAAGGGCGUGGCUUUGACUUUUCCUCCAAAAAAGAAAAAGAAAACAUUCUAUUAAAAGUGUUAUAAACUCGUUUUCUUAUUCAAUUAAAACCUACAUGUAUCAGCAGCACUUGCUGAGUCACAUUCUGUCACUUGGGUCUACUUUCCUCUCACAUCACAAGGGUUUGGUUGCGCUGAGCUCCAUCAUCAAAUGCGGUUAUUUCUACAUCCAGCUCGUUUCCUGGUUUGUUACACUUUUAAACAUUAGGGAAGUGUUCACAGGCUCGUGUUGCAGUAGCAGUGCGAUUAGAGAAGUGCUUAUCAGCAAACCGACUUUUGGAUCAUGUAUUAGUGUUUCUUAGCUUUCGUAUUUUUUUUUUUUAUUAACCACAAACCAAACGCACGUCCUGUAAUAUGCUUCUCUUCGACCAAAACAGAUCUCUUUGGCUCCUUCCUCUUUAAAACCCCAAUUUCUCGACCUUAAGAGCUAGACUGGAGAGCUGCAUGUUCAGUUCAAAGAUCUAGAACGACUUUUUCCGUAUUUAUUUAAAGCAACUUUAUUUCAAAGUGACCAGAGAUGGAAGGUUCAGAGAGCACAAUAAGCAGAGUUGGUCGUGCUGUGUGGACCGUUUGGGGUUACCUUACAGGCACUGUUGGAAGAUAUCUCAGACCAGAGGUCACGAAUCAAGAGGCCCACAAUGUGCAUUUUAAGCAAGACGAAACUGUGUCAAUCAGUAAGGGUUAUAAGGAGUUACAAAUAAAGGAAGAGGACAAAGAAAGGACUAAAACAAAGACAGAGAGAAAGACAAUCGAAGAUCUGCAGUAUCCCGGGGUUAGUGUGCGGGCCGCUGCUGUUCAGUGGGAAAAGUCAAACAUUGUUUGUGAUGGCCAUGAAGUAAAAGACAAGAGCAAACACACUUGCAUUAGUUCAAAAGUUAUAGACAAGAGAGCACAGAAGGAUAAAGAAAAAACUUUGGAUAAUAAAAAUGAAUCACAAAAAACUCCCAAUGUACAAUUUACUGAACAAGAAGAUUCACCUGCUUCCAUUGUUGCAGAUGUCAAGAACCAAGAGAGAAAAUUUUCUGGAGGGGAUGAAGAUGAUUUUAAUGUUGGGAAGAGUGAAAGCAAACCGGACCAGACAAAGAAACCAGAAGAGAAGGAGAAAAGGGUAGAAUUUGAGGAAAUUGGAAAAGAAGAGUAUACUCCAUGGCUAGACCAGGGCUUGACACUGGAAGUUGAUCUCAAUUUUGAGAAGGGUGAAAACAGCAAAGAGCAGGAAAGAAGACAGGAAAGAAAAGAGGACAUUGCUAAAAUUGCAAGGGAAGAGGAGAAUGACACUGACAGAGGACUGUUUGAAGAUGACGUUAUUGUCCAUGGCUUACUUGCGAAGGAAUUAUAUUCCUCAUAUUCAUAUUUUACUGAGAGUAAUGAAAACAGUCAGAAAGAGAAAGGGGAAGAGAAAGGUGUUGAAAUAAUGAGGAGAGAUGAUAAAGCAGAAGAAGGCACAAUUAAAAAUGAUUUGGUAGAACAAGAAUUACUAGCCAAUGAAGCUGAUCUAAAUGUUAAGAAAAUUUCAACCAAUCAGGAGCAGGGAGGAAAAAAGGAAGAGAAAGUUGAAACUGGAGAAGAAAUGUUUGAACGUGAGUUUGUUGAACAACGCUUACUGGCCAAGGAAGCUGAUCUAAAUCUUGAGAGUAAUGUAUUCCAGGAGCGAGGAGAAAAAGAGGGAAAGGAAGUUAAAAGUGCUGAUGAAAUUAAGAGGAGAGAGAAAUAUGAAACCGAAGAAGAACAAAUUAAAGGUGAGGUUAUCGACAAGGAUUUAUUGGCCAAUAAAUCUGAUUUACAUUUUGAAAUAAGUGGAAUCAUCAUGGACCAGAGAAUUAAAACUGAAGAGGAAGGUGUUGAUGAAAUGUCUAGAAGAGAAAAUUAUGAAACUGAAGAAGAGCCAAUUAAAAGUGAGUUUAUUGAUAAGUUUAGUGAAGCUGAUAUAAAUGGUGAGGGGAAUAAAACCAGUCAAAAACAGGGAAGAGCAGAUAAAGAGGAAGUGGAAAGUGCUAAUGAAAUCUCUAGAAAAGAAAAUGAUGAAACUGAAGAUGAACCAGUUAAAAGUGAGUUUAUUGAUCAGUUUAUUGAAGCUGAUCUUAAUGUUGAGGGAAUGCAAACAAUGAACAGCAGGGAAUGACAGAUAAAGAGGAAGUAGAGGAAGUGGAAAGUGCUGAUGAAAUCUCUAGAAGAGAAAAUUAUGAAACUGAAGAAGAACCAAUUGAAAGUGAGUUUUUUGACCAGGGAUUAUUGACCACAGACGUUGAUUUAAAUGUUAAAAGAAUUGAAAACAGUCAAAGGCAGGGAGAGGGAAAGGAAGAGAAAGGUGUUGAAAUAAUAAGGCGAGAGAAUGAUGACACUGGAAAAGAUAUUUUUAAAUGUAAGUUUGUUGAACAAGGCUUACUGACCGAGGAAGCUGAUCCUAAUCUUGAUAGGAAUGUGUACUUUCAGGAACAGGAAAGAAAAGAGGAAAAGGAAGUUGUAAGUGCUGAUGAAAUUUUAAGGAGUGAGAAUGACGACACUGAAGAUGAACCAGUUAAAAGUGAGUUUAUUGAUCAGUUAAUUGAAGCUGAUCUUAAUGUUGAGGGGACUGCAAACAAUGAACAGCAGUUAAGGACAGAUAAAGAGGAGGAAGAGGAAGUGGAAAGUGCUGAUGAAAUCAUUAGAAGAGAAAAUUAUGAAACUGAAGAAGAACCAAUUAAAAGUGAGUUUAUUGACCAGGACUUAUUGACCACAGAAGCUGAUCUAAAUGUUGAGAGGAAUGAAAACAAUCAAGAGCAGGGAUGGACAGAUAAAGAGGAAGAAGUUAAGAAUGUGAAAAGUGCUGAUGAAAUCUCUAGAGGAGAAAAUUAUGAAACUGAAGUAGAACCAAUUGAAUGUGAGUUUUUGACCAGGGAUUAUUGACCACAGACGUUGAUUUAAAUGUUGAAAGAAUUGAAAA